UACACCUCUAGUGACGACAACAAACCAAGUGCUGGACAACGCGGAGCACAACAUAAUGCCGUCGCGAACGAGUUCAGAUGCCGGUGGCGCCAAGGAGGCGCCACUAAAUGCGCGGAACACACUCCUCGGCCCGAGGAGCAAGCGAAUCGCCCUAAACAGUCGCAUACAAAGCAGGAAUGCUGCCGAAAAGAAAGCCACUGCCUCUCAGUCGUUCCCGCCAAAAUCGGAAUACGAGAAAUUCUACGAGACCGUCUUCCUGGCGGAGGACUCGCAGCCGGAGGAAGAAAUAAUAACAGCAGAGCGUCGAAAGCCAGGACCACGCAUGAGGAGCUCACUCCACGCCCUGCUACUCGACGACAAACCCCAAGCGGGAGCACAGCGAACCACAAAGACGAACGUCGCACAAAAAGUUGGCGUUGAGCCAGCGAACCGAGCCAAUGGCAACUCCCCAUUGCCCAAAAAGGAUAAAUUUGAGGACUACUACACAAAAACGGAGCGGCACGUUUGGAAGAAGGAUGCGGAGAAAAUGUUGUUGCAACUGUGGGCACAGCACUUGAAGGAUUUCCGUGGCGAGUCCAAGAAUGUCCUCAUCUACCGGCAAAUGGCUAAGCAGAUGAGCCAGUUUGGACCCAGUCACACGGAGCUUAAAACCAAAAUGGACAAUUUGUCGCGAAAGUAUCGGAUAGAAGCUGAGAGAGUUCGAGAAACUGGAGUUCCAUCCAAGUGGGAACACUUCCAUAAGCUCCAAGCACUUCUGAUUGGCACAAAAGCCGUCGAUGUCUUUGAGGACAUUAUCGCCGAAAAUCCAGCUCAAGCUCUGUUCAGCGAUGGGGAGUAUGAGCCUGAAGAAUCGCCUUCAAUAAAAGACGAAUCUAUGGCCGCGGACCAUGACAAUGAAUCUGAUAAUGAUAAUGAAGUUGUUGCAAACAAAGCCAUGAAAAGAACGCGAUCUCCCUCUCCCAAUAUUCCAGAAGCCCUCGAAGAUGAGGAGGUGGAGGAGCACCUAGAGGAUCUAUCCCCAUCGCCGAUUUCAAAAUAUCAGACAAAAAGGAAGGCAUCGAGCAGCCAUUCGGAUAUGCUCCUUCAAAUAGAGGAGGAGAAACUGGCUAUUGAGCGCGAGAAGCUCCAGGUGAUGAAGGAUGCUCUGCUGGAGCUAAACGCAUUUCACAAAGAUAUCGUUUAUUUACUUAAGCAUAAAAAGCAGUAAAGUCAAUAUUAAGUGUUAUACAUAGAAAAUAGGAUUGCACUUAUCCAGCGAAAUAUAUAACUGAAAAAGUUAUUAUUAUAUGUAAUAUUGCGUCACCUAUAAAGUAAUCUAAAUAUACAUUUUGUAAAAAGAA